AUGGACCCCGACGCCAGCAUCACCCCGGACCAACCCCCGGUAUUCAACUACAUCCUCUCCUUCCUCCUAGUCGGCGUAGCAUGGGGCUUCACAACCCCCUUCAUCCGCCGCGCCGCCGCCGACUUCAACGCGCGCCAGGAGCAACACUCGCAGCCCCAAGCACCCCACCCCGAACCCGACGCACAAGAACUGCAGCAAACAACCGAAGACCCCACGGACCCGAAACCCGAAACCUCAGACGACGAUGAAGACCACCCCUUACCAGCAGCAGCAGCAGCUUCUUCUGCCACAGGCACAACACAACAACAACAGCCCUCCUGGAUGCGCCCAUCGCCUUCAACCUCAGGCUGGCUGAAGACGAAAAUCACAUCCCUGUUCUGGACGGUCGUCAAUCUCCUCCGCACGCCCGCGUACUCGGUACCCUUGAUUAUCAACUUGACGGGCAGUAUUUGGUUCUUCCUCCUUGUUGGGAAACAUGAACUCUCCCUGACGGUUCCGCUGGCUAAUUCGAGUGCGUUUCUCUUCACCGUUCUGGGCGAGUGGUAUGUGGAGCGGAAGGUGAUUGAGAAGGAAACUUGGUUGGGGAUGGUGCUUGUGUUGGGUGGGAUUGCUAUUUGUGUUAAGUCUAAGAGUUAG